AUGAAAUCAAACAAUCUCUCGAAUCACAAUUUUGCAGCGAUUCUUCCUGGAGAUUCAUUGGCAGGGCUUGUGGUAUCGAAUGGAAUUCUAAAUUUUUUGAAUAUUUACAACUCAUUGUUGGUUGCUCGGCUAGUUCUUACCUGGUUUCCAAACACUCCUCCACUCAUUGUGAACCCCCUCAGCACUUUAUGCGAUCCAUAUUUAAAUAUUUUUCGCGGGGUUAUUCCACCACUUGGAGGGACUUUGGAUCUUUCUCCCAUUCUUGCAUUUCUUGUACUAAACGCCUUAACAAGCACAGCUUCAGCACUUCCUGCUGAACUUCCAUCUCAAAGAGGCUCAUCAUCUGAAAAACAUCCAUCUUUUCUUACUUCAAUAUCUCAUCUUACAAAUUCACAAAAGAAAUGGUUGAAAAGGUUUAAUGGAAAUAAGUCAAAGGACUCAGAGUGUAAUUUGUAA